GUCGUUCAAUCCGCGGCCACACUGUUGGGAAAAUGUCGGCGGCACGUUUAUAUACAAGUUUUCGUUUAUUUUCUAAAAAUGCCGUGAAUUGCAAUGCCAUUGGAGGCAAAAGUCUGGUGGAUGGCGUGGCUGUUACCAAAAAUGGCAAAACAAUAGUUGCCUGGCAUGCAGAAACGGCCUUUCCCUACGAACACUCAAAGCCGCUGCCCAAAGUUGUCGAGACGCAAACCUCUGCGGUAAUCAAGGAAAGUGCACUGAAGACGGCGAUGCAGGCGUUUGUGAGGAAGCAUCCCGAAGUGUCACGCCACGAGCUGUCGAAAUUGACUCACACCACAAAGCACCGUUGGUUCCCCCGUGCGCGCGACAAGAAGGCCAAGAAGACGCCCAUGGAUAGGCCAUACCUGUAAACUGGGUCCAUUACAUAAUAAAUUCGUUUACGUUUUAAUCCA